UUCUGGCAUCGUGAUUCCCAUGUGUUCCGUGAAUCCCACGUUUUGGUCCCCGUUUGGUUCCGCGAUGCGUCAUCCCCUGUUUUGAUCCCAAUCCAUGUUCAUAACAGUACGCCCGCAUCGCAUAUCGUUCCACGCAUCGUUCUCUUCCUCUCUCGUCGUUGUUGCCAUCACACUCCCACACCAUGGCAGCCGCCGCCACGACCUACUACACCACCGAUCCCCCCCAACAGCCAGGCGACCCCUUUCCGGACUACAUCUACAACUUCCCUACUUAUCAGUGGUCCGGCAUCGUCUUCCUCGGACCUCAAGAUAUUGCCACUUCCUCCUACAAGGACUGCUUCAAGCUCCACUGGGUCGCGCGCGAGCUGAGUCGAAAGUGGACCACAAUCAUCGACUCGCGCGACACCACAGCCCUUGCCCAGCUGUCCCUCGGCGAUUUCGCACUGGCUGUCUUCGACAAAGUUGCAGAGAUGAUCGUCUACACCCGCCGGCGCUAUGAGCGCCGGGGCUACGCACUCAAGGACGCGGACACGUGGAUGGGGAUGAUGCCGUUGUACAUCGAGUACGCGGCGCAGAUUGCCAUGGUUGUCCUGCGGCGUCGGUUUGACGAGAAGGACCUUGCGCGGUUCAACAAGCUCGACGAGAUCACGCCGUUCAUACUCGGCGGUGUCGGCUGCAUGUGGGAAAAGUUUGUUGAUAGUAUGGGGUCGCCGCCCAGCCAGCAAGGGUACGGCCAGUGGGCUGACUGGGUCGAUCCCCACAUCCCCGCCCUCGACUCUCUUCCCCCGCGUCCGUUCACGAAGGUCAACCACGACCCAGCCGCCGAGCCCGUGAUCGUGUGGCUGAACCACAACUCUGAGCGCGUUCCCACCCCCGAUCCUCUCCCCGCGAGCUUUGUCAAUGCCAUCGCCCAAGCGAAAGCCAACAAGGAAGCCAAGGGAGCCAAGGCGAAAGCCAACGUGAAAGCCAACGAGAAAGCCAACGCCAGCGCUCAACCCGACCUACCCGAGCACGCCACUUCCAGGCGCCAUGCACCCUCGCCACCGCCGUCCAUCCAGUCGUCCUCGCCGACCUCGUCCGAUCCUCCGUCCGGGUCGUCGUCCAUUCCGUCCUCGUCCGACGCGUCCGCGUCGCCUCCCUCAUCCAACCCCGCUCCGUCCUCCCCCUCGUCCAACCCCGCUCCGUCGUCUCCCUCGCCCCACUCGUCGCACACCCGGUCGCCGCAUCGCAUCUCGUCCCCACGCCAUCUGUUUCCGGCCCCCCCGUCUACGCCGAGUAUCCUGUGAGCCAGGGCGUCGUCCCACCCGUCAUCGUCCCCAUCGGCGCUCGUAUGCAGCACUUCUUUCCCGCCACCCAUCACGUCGUCUCCGCCUCGUCCUGUGAAUGGCCGAGCACUUCAUCGCACCCGUCAUCGUCCCCUUCGUCCUGUCUAUCCUCGUACCCCGUAUCACAGUCGUCCUCUCGUCGCAUAAUAGACUCGCCACACCCCACAGUUGUAAAUUCACAUCCCAUGUGUGUAUGUAUCAUUUGAUUUGGCCUGUCAUAGGCUAGGCGAGCCCCCCGCACCCAAUCCUGCGAUGCGAGCGUGUUUACAGAGG